AGAGCUUCAGUAAAGCACUGUGGUGCUGCGGCUGCUGCUGCUUUCACCUGGUUUUUCUUUAAGAUAUUCAGCCCAAGAAGAAAACAAGUGAACUAACAGACACCCUGCGGACUGCCAGCUUCUCUCUGGUUCUCGGGUUGCAGCCAGCAGGCAGAAGAGGACGCAUCCUCAUUCACCUCAAGUGGAUUUCCAUCGUGAACACGCUCUCAUGGAGGGAGAGAAAAAGUGUGCGCACUGAGCAGAAGUUUGUUGAACAUUGUUCGCGAAUUGUUCCUGUAGUUUUACAAGCUAAGCACCAGUCAUAGGGAUUGAAAAGACCCUACGCAUGUUUCAGGUGGAAUAUUAGUGAAAGUUCAGCGCUUAUUCUUGGGUCUGCGCGUUGACAUGAGAUUGAUGUGAAGGUUUGGCUCGUGACGGAACGGUGCACCUCAGUUUGACCACGAUGAAGGACGACUUCAAUGAUGAAGAAGAAGUGCAGUCAUUUGGCUACAAAAGGUUUGGUAUCCAGGAAGGAAAUGAAUGCACUAAAUGUAAAAACGACUGGGCCCUGAGGGUGGCGAUUGCACUUCUGUAUGUGCUUUGUGCACUGCUCACCAUAGCUGUGGCUGUGCUGGGAUACAAAGUGGUCCAGAGGAUGGAUAAUGUAACAGAGGGUAUGCAAAAUUAUGGAGGGAAAAUCACGGCUGUAGAGACUGAUCUUAAGAAACUUGAUGAUCAAACGGGAGAGAAGUCAGAAAAUGCUACCAGUGAACUUCACUCAUUCAAGUUGGAAUUUCAGACAUUGCAGAAGCAGCUCAGCGACGUUAUUGUGAAGACUUCCAACAACAGAGCUGUUCUCAAAGAGCUACAGCUAGCUGGUGAGGACAUGCAGAGUGGACAUCUCUCGCUGCGAGACCUGCUGGAGAGCAAUGCCAAUGUCAUCAGCAAAGUAAACCACACUUUGAACACAUACAACAGUCUGAUUGAUGGAUUAAAAACAGAAACGGCGAGACUCCAGUCAGAUCUCCAUGUACAGACAAGUGAACAGGGCCAAAACAGCCACAGCAUCAGCACUCUAAACUUUACCCAGACCCAGCAGAGGAACCUCAUCAGCUCCCUCCAGAGAUCAGUGGAGGACACUGGCCAGGCUGUGCAGAAGCUUAAGAAUGACUAUCAGAGCCUCCAGCAGGUGGCUAGGCAAACCAAAGCAGAUGCUGAUUGGCUGAGAGAGAAGGUGCAGAACCUUCAGGCUUUAGCGGCUAAUAAUUCUCUGCUGACUCGCUCUAACAGUGACUCUCUAGAGGACGUAACCUCUCAGUUAACCACACUGUCAGAGCAGGUCCAGAACACUUCGACCAUCACUGACAGCCAUGAUCAGAGCCUGCGUGAGCUCAUGGACCAGCAGCGAGAUCAUGAUAAUGCCACCUCCAUUAGAUUUGAUGCAUUAGAGGCACGUCUUGACAGCAAUGAGGGGGAAAUGGACCGCAUAACAGGGAAUGUUAGCUUUACCACGCAGCUGCUCAGAGCGAUCAGUACAGACUUGAAUGGUCUGCGCACGUGCUCUGAGACGGUGACCCGACACUCAGAACUGCUGCAUGGGCUCAACAACAGUGUGGCUGAAACCAGGGCAGAAAGCACAGAGCUCAAAGCCCAGCAGGAGGAACUCGCUGUCAGGCUUGACAAAGAGGUCAGCAGCCUUUCCAUAGUUAUGGAUGAAAUGAAACUGGUUGACAACAAACACUCGCAGCUCAUCACAAACUUCACCAUCCUUCAGGGUCCUCCUGGUCCAAGGGGUCCUCGGGGAGAUAAAGGGUCCAUGGGGCUACCUGGUAAAACUGGCCCGAAAGGUGAAAAGGGUGAAAAAGGAGCACCUGGUGAUGCUGGACCUAAAGGAGAAAAGGGUCCAGCGGGACCUCCUGGUGUGCCAGGGUUGAAAGGGCCACCUGGAUCAAGAGGAAGCCCUGGGCCAAAGGGUUCACGAGGAUCUGGGGGCAGGCAAGGGCCUUCAGGGGAGAAAGGUGACCCUGGGAUACCUGGUAUGCCUGGAAGAGAUGGUCAGCCUGGUCCUACUGGCCCACAAGGGCCACAGGGACUCAGAGGUCCAGCUGGACCUGCAGGACUAGAAGGAGCCCGUGGACCCGUAGGCCCCAUUGGCCCACCAGGACCACCUGGAUUACCAGGACUUCCUGCACCACCAAUAGUUGUGCCACCAGUAGAUCCACAAGGCUUUGUCAACCGCCAGGUAGCGCCGCCACCAACAACUACACCAGGAUGUCCCCCUCAGUGGAAGGGCUUCAGAGAGCAAUGCUAUCACUUCUCAGCUCCAAUGGAGAGUCUGAACUUUGAUGAAGCCAAGGAAAGAUGCAGCAACUUGAGUUCAUCUAUGCUGAUUAUCAAUGAUGAAGAAGAGCAGCUAUGGAUAAAGAGGCAGAUUUCUGGAAAAGGCUACUUUUGGCUGGGCCUAAAAUGGAAACCUGGUCAGCCUGAUAACUGGAGCCAUGGUCAUGAAGCUGGUGAGGACUGCGCAGGGUUGAUACACGAGGCCAGUUGGAAUGACUUUUUCUGCACAGAACGCAUUGGUUUUAUUUGUGAACGAACUAAUGAAUCCAAAGUUCCAGUUUUAUAGCAUCUGUUGAAUGAAUGAAAAGAGAAUAUGAUAUGACAAUCAUAAAGACACUUGAGAAGGUUUCUGUCACAGUAUCCUCUCGCUUUGGCCAGAGUGCAACAUACAGUACGUGAUAAACUCAAAAGUAAAGUCAUCGACAAUCACGACCAAGUCAAUACUGCAAACUACACAAAAAACACUGAUCACCAGUCACGUUAAUGUUUAGAUAAGUGAAAAGGCUGUAAUGUAUUGUAAUCGUGUGACUGUAAAUACCUGUCUUCCCUGUGUCAUUAACAAAGCUGAUGCCACAUUACUCCAGUGCAAUACAAUGAAGCUUUGUAGCUGCUUUAAUUGAAAUGAAGCUUUGAACAGCCGAGCAUAACGCUACAGUUAAUAUGUUUUAAUGACUAUAAUCCAAAAAUCGUUCACAACAGAGUUUUAUAUCAUAAGUCUUGGAACAUCAUUGAUGUGAUUUUAUAUUAAAAAAAUUGAUAAGGUUUUGAAUUUUUGAAAUAUUUGAUUACGCAGUAGCUAUGUAUAAAAUAGUUGUGUAUUUGAACACAUGUACAUGUAUGUAGUCAUGAUCAAAGACCAUGUUUUUAUCUGAAAUAAAAUAUAGUAGGUAUUUUUCAAUAUGCUUUUGACAUUUUAUCAGUAUGUCUAAAUGUGGAAUGCAAUGUCUGUGUUCAAUACUUAUUUCAAUCACACAUACAUUAUGCAUAUACCGAUUUUACAGUAUGUGUUUAUACUGUGUUUACUGUGACAGUGUAACAAUAACUUGUAUCUAUUGAUUAGUAAUUUUGUCAGACAUAUUUAGAAUAAGAAUCAGUUGACUGUAUUUUGAUUGAAUAUUUCCUAAAAAAAAAAAAAAGUUAUUGUAAACUAUAAUAUUAAUAAUAAGAUAAAUACACUCACCGGCCACUUUAUUAGGUACGCCUGUCCAACUGCUCAUUAAUGCAAAAUUCUAAUCAGCCAGUCAUAUGGCAGCAACUCAAUGCAUUUAGGCAUGUAGACAUGGUCAAGACGAGUUCAAGCAGUUCAAACAGCAUCAGAAUGGGGAAGAAAGGGGAUUAAAGUGACUCUGAAUGUGGCAUGUUUGUUGGUUCCAGAUGGGCUGGUCUGAGUAUUUCAGAAACUGCUGAUCUACUGAGAUUUUCAAGCACAACCGUCUCUAGGGUUUACAGAGAAUAGUCAGAAAAAGAGAAAAUACCCAGUGAGCGACAGUUCUGUGGUCGCAAAUGCCUUGUUGAUUCCAGAGGAAAAUGGCCAGACUGGUUUAAGCUGAUAGAAAGGCAACAGUAACUCAAAUAAUCACUCAUUACAACUGAGGUAUGCAGAAGAGCAUCUCUGAAUGCACAAAACCUCAAACCUUGAGGCAGAUGGGCAACAGCAGUAGAAGACCACACCAAAGGUGCCACUCCUGUCAGCUAACAACAGGAAACUGAGGCUAUUCACACAGGCUCACCAAAAUUGGACAACAGAAGAUUGGAAAAACAUUGCCUGGUCUGAUGAGUCUUGAUUUCUGCUGCGACAUUCAGGUGGUAGGGUCAGAAUUUACCAAUUGAGGAUCAUGUCAACGCCACAGCCUACCUCAGUAUUGUUGCUCACCAUGUCCAUCCCUUUCGCAGUGUACCCAUCUUCUGAUGGUUACUUCCAGCAGGAUAACGCACCAUGACAUAAAGCUUGAAUCAUCUAAGACUGGUUUCUUGAACAUGACAAUGAGUUAACUGUACACAAAUGGCCUCCACAAUCACCAGAUAUCAGUCCAAUAGAGCACAUUUGGGAUGUGGUGAAGAUUCGCAUCAUGUAUGUGCAGCUGACAGAUCUGCAGCAACUGAGUGAUGCUAUCAUGUCAAUAUGGACCAAAAUCUCAGAGAAAUAUUUCCAGUAGCUUGUUGAAUCUAUGCCAUGAAGGAUCAAGGCAAUUCUGAAGGGAAAAGGAGGUCUAACCCGGUAGUAAGGUGUACCUAAUAAAGUGGCUGGUAAGUGUACAUUAUGCAUUUACCAGUUUUGCAGUAUGUGUUUAUAUAUUUUUUGUCUAAGCACAAAUAUUAUCCAUAAUCAUUUAUACUGAUUUAGUCAAAAUGCCCAAUGUGACAGUGUAACAAUAAAUUGUAUCUAAUAAUUUAGUAAUCUUGUCAGACAUGUUUAGAACAAGAAUCAGUUGAUUGAAUUUUAAUUUAAUAUUGUUGCUAAUAAAAAGUGAAUAAUAAACUAUAAUUGAUUCAUUAGUUGUAUUAAUAAUAAGACAUAUAGAUAGUUAUAA